CGGCGUCAUCGACCAAUAUCCGAGUAGGCCUUGACAUUACUCUGCAAUAUUUUUGUGAAAGUAUAAAUACACCUGUCUGAGGAAAAACCAUCCAUCUUCUGGCGAAAAGUGCUCACGAAAUUGCGCUAUUUUCUGAUGAGUUACAUCGUUUACAAGUGUAGUGUCAGCCGUUUUGCAAUAUGAAGUUGAGGAUCUGCCUUCUGCAAACCGCUACGAUCCUCCUAAUAACCGUCCUCACAUCGACGCUUGCAGCACCAUCACCAUGGGGACACUAUGGAGGAGGACAUAGAGUGACCUUGGUGAAAGCGUGGGGAUACCCAGGCCACAGAGGAGGUGGAUGCUGUCCGGGAGGAGGACACCAUGGAAGAGGAGGAGGUUGGGGAGGCGGAGGAGGAUGGGGAGGCGGUGGCGGUUGGGGAGGAGGAGGCGGAGGCGGUUGGGGAGGCGGCGGAGGAUGGGGACACGGGAAAUAACUGUGCUAGAUGUAAAUAGCAUUGUGAGCUAAGAAUGAAAAAAUUAAUAAAUGUUAGGUAGUAAAAAAGA